AACUAGUUUGCAUUAUAGGGCUGGUCCCAAGCAGGCACGGGGGGCGAGCCGCGCAGAAGCGGCACCGGCCGCCCGGCCCCACGGCACCUCUCCAGCGCUCCCCGAGCUUCCAACGACCCACGAAUUGCCAGGCUGGCGCCCCCACAGGCCACACAUCAUCUGAAUUGGACAGCCAGCGGCCAGCUCGCCACAGGCCACUUAAAAUGCAGCCCGCGGCUCUCCGCCCGACCGCCGCGAGCCGCCAUCAUGGACACGAGUGGAGUGCAGCCCAUCAAACUGGCCAGGGUCACCUGGCUCUCAGGACAGCGCACGCAGGUGCGCGUGGAGUUCAUGGACGACACAAGCCACUCCAUCAUCCGCAACGUGAAAGGCCCCGUGCGGGAGGGCGGCGUGCUCACCCUGCUGGAGUCCGAGCGGGAGGCUCGGAGGCUGCGCUGAUGCCGCCGCGCAGGGGGUG